AUGUUACGCGAAGCUCUAAGGAUCGGCAGCCGGCGCUGGUACAGCUACAAGUCCGUGCGUCGUCCGAAUCUGGGUGCCACAGGUGCUCCCAAGGUGGAGCCGGUGAAGGAGCAACCAGGGACAUCCUCCACAUCGGAAAACGGACAGGGCAGCCUGGCCAACCAGCUGCGCGCCAGGAUUCUGGCCACUGGACCCAUUCCCGUGGCGGAGUACAUGCGCGAGGUGCUGACCCAUCCGCAAGCUGGCUACUACAUGAACCGGGAUGUCUUCGGCCGCGAGGGCGACUUUAUAACCUCGCCGGAAAUAUCACAGAUCUUCGGAGAGCUCGUGGGGAUUUGGCUGGUGAGCGAGUGGCGCAAGAUGGGCAGUCCCUCGCCCUUCCAACUAGUGGAACUGGGUCCUGGUCGCGGCACUUUAGCCAGGGAUGUGCUCAAGGUGAUCACCAAAUUCAAACAGGACGCCGAGUUCUCUAUGCACAUGGUGGAGGUUAGUCCGUUUUUGAGCAAGGCGCAGGCCCAGCGCUUCUGCUACAACCACGACACCCUGCCGGAGGACGCACAGCUGCCCCAUUACCAAGUGGGAACCACGGCCAGCGGGACCAAAGCCUUCUGGCACCGCCGGCUGGAGGAUGUUCCCCAGGGAUUUUCCCUGGUGCUGGCCCACGAGUUCUUCGACGCCCUGCCCGUGCACAAAAUGCAACUGGUGGAUGGCAAGUGGCAGGAGGUGCUCAUCGAUGUGGCCUCCAAUGGUGGUGACUUCCGGUACGUCCUCUCGCGCAGUCAAACGCCCGUUUCAAGCGUUUUCCAAUCCCUGCCCGGCGAGACGCGCUCCUGCCUGGAGUACUCCCUGGAGACGGAGCGGCAGGUGGGACUCCUGGCGGAGCGCAUUGAACGGGACGGCGGCAUCGCUCUGAUCAUGGACUACGGACACUUUGGCGAGAAAACCGACACUUUCCGUGCCUUCAAGCAGCACCAGCUGCAUGAUCCCCUGCUGGAACCCGGUAGCGCCGAUCUCACGGCCGACGUGGACUUCAAGCUGGUGCGGCACACCGCCGAGCAGCGCGGCAAUGUCCACUGCUGCGGACCCGUGGAGCAGGGACUCUUCCUGCAGCGCAUGCAGGGCGAGGCUCGUCUGGAGCAGCUGGUUGCCCACGCAUUGCCCGAAAACCAGCAGAUCAUUCGCUCCGGCUACGAGAUGCUGACGGAUCCCAAGCAAAUGGGCAGUCGCUUCAAGUUCCUGGCCAUGUUCCCUGGCGUCCUUGCCUCCCACCUAGAAAAAUAUCCCGUUGUUGGAUUUAGUUAGUGACCAAUUUAAGGACUUAAAUAUGUUGCACAUGAUUGUUAUAAACAAAA